AUGCCGAGGCGCCAGAUCAUCACAUGCACCAUGCUCACUCCGGAGCACCGUCUGCAGCUGCUGGAGGAGAUCCAGGUGAGGCAAGCUGAUCGUGUCGCUGCGGGCUUUCCUCCGGAUUCGCCCGAGCCGAAGGAUGAGAAGGAUCAGACAGGGAAGGACGAGGAGGAGGAAGCGAUGGAGCCGGAACCGGAGCCACAGGAGGAAGAGGAGAAGGAGGCGAAGCCGGAUGAUGAGGCCUACGUCGAGGCCAACAAGCGGUUCAUCCGGCAAGAACAGGCGGCGACGGAGGUGCUAUUCGUCGAACUGGACAUGGAGGCAUGGUGCGAGGAGGAGGAGGAGCCUCCUGAGGCACAAGAGCUGCCGCACUUGCCCGUCUACCCGGCAUCGGGCACGGAGAUCGUCGACAUUUUCAACGAUGAGUAA